AUGCGUUCAACAAAGGAUGAGAUUGAGAAUGAUCCUACCAUCACUAACGUCUCCGUGGAAGAGCACGUUAGCGUCUCUCAAUCUACUUCAGGUGGACAGUUUGUAGGCCCUACAGAGCAAGUCUCCACGGCAGCUAAAGCACUUAUUGGAAGAUCGACAACUUUAACGGAAGCUCUCAAAGCAGCGGCUAUUAACGUAGGAGACAAGCCGGUGGAAACCACCGACUUGGCUGCCAUUAAAGAGGUGGAAGCUAGGGCUACCGGAGAAGUCGCUGAUGGCGUAGCCACCGUGGCCAAAAAGGCGGUUGCUCGUAACGAGAAAGUAGACAAAAAAGAUGAGAAGAUUAAUCUCCGCGACAUGAUCGCGGAGAUUGAUGUGAGGGUUACGAAAGACCGAUCAGUGACGAGUGAGGAUGCAGAAGCAGUGGUCCAAGCUGAACUCAAUCACUCUCCUUUAAACCAUAUUACUCCUAGAGGAGUCGCUGAAUCCGUCGCUGCGGCUUAUAAACUCAAUUGCAAUCCUUCUCUCUAG